GAAGGAAAAAAGAAAUGAAAGAAGGAAGGAAGAAAGAUCGGAACGGAUUGAAAGUACUGAAUGGAAGAAUGGACGUAAGGGAAGUAAGGAAGGAAGGGAGGAAAGGCUAAAGAAAGAAAGGAUGAGGAGGAUUGAAAAAGCCCCAGCUUUUGGUGUUGUUUUUUGUUUGGCUUAUCAUGAGAAAAAAAAAAGAAGAGCAGUGACACAUCCGUUAGCUUUCGUUUUCUCGUUUCGGCUCUGCUUUCCCCUUUGAGACACAGGAUUUAUCAGAAAGGAAACAGAAUCCCAGAGUCGGGGCAAAGAAUCAGGGCUUGGAGAGAGGUCACUCUUUGCUCUGAGGUUGUGGGAACCACACUGCAUGGAAAGCUUUCGUACCACUACCUAUAGUCCUUUGCCCAGGUCUGAAGGAGAUACAUCAGGGAGCAAGAUGACCUGCAAAGGGAAGUAUGUGUUUCUAGGCUGCUGCAUUGGUAUCCUGAUCAUACUAUUUGUUGUUUUCUUGGCCUUGUACCUGGAUAUAAAAUAUUCAGACCCGGCUGCCCAAGUGGAGAUGUGCCGCUCGGAGCUGCAGAACCAGACAUCCUUGGCAAAUGAUGGAAUGGCCUCCCUCCAGCGACGCCUCAAAGCCCUAGCCAAGGCAGAGAAGGCAGCCACAGCAGUGGCCGAGGAGCUUCGGACCCACUUGAUGUCCGCCGAGCAAGGCUUUGUCCAAACCAAAAAGCACUGGGAGUCCUGCCAGAACCAGCUGAAAACACUGGUGCAAAACUUCACGGCCGAAAUGGGCAACGCCACACAGCGAGAGGCCGAGAAGUGCCAAGCAGAGACAGACAACCUCCAGAGGCAGCUAUCAAACCAAGCGGAGAAACUGGAGGAAGCCCUGCAGAAGAACCAGCAACAACGGGAAGAUUGUGAUGCCAGAAUCCACCAGCUCCAGGCUGAGCAGAAGCACCAAUCCCCUUCUUCUGGGGCAGCGGUCCCUGAGACCCCCAUUGUGGCCUUCCUCGCCUUUGCUUUCCUCUUCCUCCCAUAGCUUUGGCUGGCAUCCUUUUGGGGUCUCUCACAGCUUAAUCUGCAUAAACACGCCCCUUUACUGGCAUUGUAUUUGCAUAACCACUCCCCCUUUCCCUGUGAAGCUUUUGCCACCAUAGAUGGAAUGAAACCCAGGAGAACAUUCUUCAUGCGCUUUCUGACCAAUCUUUGAAUGUCGAGGAGGAUUUCUAUUCUGAAAUAAAAAUGGCUGGGCUUCGUAUCUUUUGCAGUGGGACCGAAAGGCCUUUUAUUCCGUCGUAUGUA